CUCAUACUGGUAGCAAGUACGUACAUCAAAAACGAUAUGGCCUCGCGCUCCCGCACGUCGUCUGCGUCAUCCAGUGCCGACGUCCGUGGUGGCUCCGAGUUUGAGCUGACCAUCUCCGAGCAAGAAACGUUGAAACGCGUGACGGCGGGUCAAGGCAAUGACGACGAUGCAGCCAGUCGUUCGAGUGGCGAGAUCGCCACUUCCGAUGACGGUGCUCCCGACGGCCACGAGGCACCCAAGGACGCAGCAUCCGUCACCAACGACGACGACGACGACGACGAGGACAGCCGCCACUACGAGCUUACGCCGUCCGAAAGGGAGAUUCUGUCGUUUGACAACGCAGACGAUCUCAUUGCUGCCUACUUGGUGGCGCAUCGGCUGGCAAAUGCGACGAGCAAUGAGCAGGCCGACGCGUCCGAGCCCGCAUCGUCCGACGUUGUUGAUGAAGACACUCGACCACUACCAACGGGCCGUCCUCGUCAAAUCUUUUGCAACGAGACGCCUUGCGACUUGGUGUGGGAGCGAAAGAGCAUUGAAGGUACCGUGUACAUUCUCUUGCGCCCCGGCGCCCCGGACUUUACGGUGUGUGCGUCGUGCUUCGCGGCCUGCAAGCACACGUACGAGGCACCAGACGCCUUCACCACGAAGGCAGCGAGCGAGUUUCCACCGCUGACCGAGACGAGUCGCAUGCGUCUCCAAGGCUACCAGAACGUAGUGCACCGGUGGCGCAAUGACGGGCCGUGGAUUGUCGGGAUACUCAUACUAUCGCCGGUGGCAAUGCCGCUCCUCGGUGUCCUGUCGGCGUGCAACGUCUCGUCGGCGUCACUGCAUUGGGUGCUCGGACGUCCACUGGCCAUUUGGCGCGGCCUCGACAAGGUUGCGCUAUUUGUCUUUGGUAUCUACUUGUCGGGCGUCCUCGUGCUGCUCAUUUUAACUUGCCCGUUCCGGUCCCAAAUCGUGUUUUGGGGACUCUUGGAGAUCUACACACUCGUGUUUUUUGUCAUGUACCUCAUCGAUCCGCCGACCGAUUGCGAGUCGCUCUUCGAGGCACUUCUAUCGCCCCUCUUUGCGAUCCACAAUAUGCUACGGCGGCUCAGUCGGGCGUCGUCGCACGCCCUUUUGGUGCACUUUGCAGCCGAGGCAGCCGAGAUUGACGUUACCACCUUACGCUUUAUCGCAGCCGACGGGACGCCCGUGCCAUCGGCGCACGUCGCGGCAGCCUUUGAAGCCGACAGUAUCGCCCAGUACGAGCGACAGCGGCUCUCGUCGCCGUUGCAUUACGUGCUUCUCUUCAUUUGCGUCACGAUUUUUCUCAACGAAAUUUUGGUGGUCUCGUGGCCCGGCGGCGCAAUGCCCAUAAGCGUGCUCUUGCCGGGCGUGAACGGUCUCGUCACGUCGCCAAAGGACACCAUGUACGCGGUGAUGUUCAGCGUACCGGCUUGCACCAACGUAUCUGCAACCACGGUGGACGCGUUGAUCAAUUUGUGGGUCGAUCCGGUGCCGAGAGGCAGUCCGCACAUCACGUUUGGCUUCACGUCCAACAGCUCGAUCGCUACCUUCAACACAACCUUUGAGCUCGUUUCUUUGUGGGACGUCAACAUCCAGCAGGUGCGCGCGCGCAAUGUGACCAUCGCACUCGAUGACAUGCAGUCAGCGCUCACGCUGCGCGCUCGGUUUCCAAUGACGUGCAACGACGUCCUCGAACUGGACCUCAACUGGCAUGUCGCGUUCGAGUCCGUGUCGCUCAGCGCAUUCACCAACUACUUGGGUGCAGUCUACGCGCCAGUGGGUAUCCUGCAGCUCAUACUCGCGGUCAAGUACCUCAUGCAGCUGGCGUCCAUCACGAUGCUCUUGUUUGCGAGCUCGUGCAAGAUUUGGUCGCUCUGGCUGCGCUUCGAUACGAUAUCCGCAUUCGGACUCGACCUCCCGCUGAAAGGGCGCACGGUCAUUGCGCUCACGGAGGGCGAGAACGUCCAUGCGUGGUUCACACUCCGCAACGGCGUCCGAGCGGCCACGGCGCUCAUUGCGGAUUUUACGAGCGUGUUUAUCUGCGGCGCGCUGCUCCAGUUUGCGUGUACGGCCGCCGGCAUUCUAGUCUACUGCAUUUCAGGCUCGGCGCCACUGCCCACGUACUUUUUACUUUUGAUUGGCCUCUUUGGCUCGCUCUCGACGCUGACGAUGCUCGUGCCACUGGCCGCCGCGCUCGACAUUCAAGGCAAACACAGCGGGAUGCUGCGAACGCACUUGCUCGAGCUCGAGUUUCAGCGCCAAAAAGCUGUGCAGUCAGGGGACGCCACGGGGUUUCCCGCGCGCAUAGCCAUGUUCGAGACCAUCAUUGACGCGAUCGAGCACCAUGACGACCGUCUGUCGUUUUUUGGGAUUGAAAUUUCACUCGCGCGACUCGCAACGCUCGGAGCGACCUUGGCGUCGCUUCUCUCGUUUGUGGCUUUUCGUGUUGUGCCCAUCACGUGGUCGAAUCUCAAUGGCCUUGAUUUGUUUGGCAGCACGUACAGAGAUGCGCUGGACCCGCUCAUCAACACGCCGCAAAUCACCCAAGGCAUCCUUCGUUUCUAAUGCACAGCGUUUUAUCCUAGUACUACAUAGCUGCAUCCAAGGUGAGCUUUCACUGUACGUGUCGUGAAGUGGUCGUCGCCGUGGACGCAAUGUAUGGGGUUCCGGGUAUAUUUGACUCUGGUUAUCUUCGCACAGCAACUGCCUAUACUGCGUUUCUAUUCCCUACAGCCUACAGUUGUACUGGGGCACGCCACGACCGUCAUUGGGAUGUGCAGACCACAUCACCACAUACGUGGGCUACAAGAGGGCCUUCGGCCUCGGUG